GAGAUGUGGGACCCACGUGUGACACUAACGCUCCUGGGGAUAUGGGUGCUGACGGUGUGUGGUCAGCAGAUGACGCAGAUGCCCCCUCACGGGGAGAAGGUGGCGGUCCGAAUGUCGGGCUAUCCUCGCAAGCACAACGAGGGCCGAGUGGAGGUCCUCUAUGAGGGAGAGUGGGGGACCAUCUGUGACGACGACUUCAAGCUGGAGAAUGCCAUGGUUCUGUGCAGGAUGAUGGGUUUCACGACAGCCACAGGGUGGACCCACAGCGCCAAGUAUGGCAAAGGGACAGGGAGGGUGUGGCUGGAUAACUUGGAAUGUCUGGGGACAGAGAAGGAUAUCUCCGAGUGCAAGUCCCUAGGCUGGGGUCAAACCGACUGCACCCACGAGGAGGAUGCCGGAGUCAUCUGCAAGGAUGAGAGGAUCCCUGGAUAUAUAGACUCGAACGUCAUUUCGGUAUUAGAUCAGGAAGGUGUUAGCUCAGGAUAA